CGACCCUUUGCGACGAGGUUCCCCUAUUUGUGCCGGAAGAAAUACUACCGCAUCCUCCCCGUGUCUCUCCUCCCUUCUUUCUUUCCUCUUCUUAGCUCCAACUUGUUGCCCGUUUCGAUUUUCAUCUCGCGGGAGAAACGAAACGCGAAAUAUUCCUCGCCAAGCACACGGCGCGCGCUUUUCCGCCGGAAGUAAACUCGCGGCAGGGGAUGCACGCCGCGUGUUCGCAACGCGUCUCGCGAUUCGCCUCCUGAACGCGCCCUUUCGCGAUCUUGCCUCCUCCCCCCUUUCGUCACCUUCCCGUCGACCGGAAUGCGCGAGAAUUCGCGCGAGUAGAGCGCCGCGAGUGGGGUACGAGCACGAGCGCGCGCGAGAUCGCUUCUCGCUUCGCCUCCUCCCGCGUAAACGUCGCGCGCGCGGGAAGAAGGAAGAUUCUCCUUCGGCUCCUUCACUCCUUCGGCGUAACCUAGAAUUCGGCGCGGAUAAACGCCGAGGGGGGUGUCGCGGCAAAGAAAGGACGCGCGGCGGGAAGGAGGAAGAGGCUGGAAGAGGCAAAGGAAGGAAGGACGACGACGCGCUUAGAUCGGGCAUGGGUCUGACGGAUACCAGUUUCGAACUACUUCUGACCCUGUGGCGAGUCUUCGUCGUGGGAGUCCUGCCGUGGACCGAGGAGCCGCGCGGUCAGUGUCGCGGGGUCUCGUCGAGCUGUAACAUUCACGGCGACGCCGCCGCCGCCGCCGCUCGUUAGUCGUCUUCGGCGCGACGCUCGGUACCGGAAGGAUGUCGUCGACGGUGGUAAAGAACGCCGCGAAGGGCGUCGACGUCAACGCCGGCGACGGCAGGGAGACCUGGUCGGGGAAGCUCGAUUUCUUGCUGUCGGUCAUCGGGUUCGCCGUCGAUCUCGCUAAUGUGUGGCGAUUCCCGUACCUCUGCUACAAGAACGGCGGUGGUGCAUUUCUGGUUCCCUACUGCGUGAUGUUAGUGGUCGGCGGGAUUCCUCUGUUUUACAUGGAGCUCGCUCUCGGUCAAUUCAACAGGAAGGGUGCUAUCACCUGCUGGGGUCGACUGGUACCGCUUUUCAAAGGUAUCGGAUACGCGGUCGUCCUAAUCGCGUUUUACGUUGAUUUCUACUAUAACGUUAUCAUCGCCUGGUCGCUACGCUAUUUCUUCGCCUCGUUCACCACGAUGCUGCCGUGGACCUCCUGCGACAACAACUGGAACACGCCGCUGUGCCGCGAGUUCGACCCGAACGUCUCGUACGCGCUUGAGGAUAUGACCAGCGAGAUGAAUGAGAAUUUUGGAAACACCACCCGACUCCUGCUCGAUCUAGGAUCGGAUACCGCUGUUCAGAGUACAAUGGAUAACCAUACGAGCGCUGCGCAUGAAUACUUCAAUCGCGCUAUUCUGGAGCUGCACCAAAGCGAGGGCUUACACGAUCUUGGUGCCAUUAAGUGGGACAUCGCGCUAUGCUUGCUCGUGGUCUAUCUAGUCUGCUAUUUUUCCCUGUGGAAAGGCAUUUCGACUUCCGGCAAGGUAGUCUGGUUUACCGCUCUUUUCCCUUAUGCAGUCCUGCUGAUUUUGCUGAUAAGGGGUGUCACUCUGCCAGGCAGUAGCGAGGGAAUCCGUUAUUAUCUCAGUCCAAAUUUCAAUGUUAUCACAAAAGCAGAGGUAUGGGUGGACGCGGCGACGCAGGUAUUUUUCUCUCUAGGACCGGGAUUCGGAGUGUUGCUGGCCUACGCGAGCUACAACAAGUAUCACAACAACGUUUACAAAGACGCCUUGCUGACGAGCUUGAUCAACAGCGCAACGUCCUUCGUCGCCGGAUUCGUCAUAUUCUCGGUGCUCGGUUACAUGGCGCGUGCCAGCGGCAAGUCCAUCCAGGACGUCGCUACGGAAGGACCCGGUCUGGUUUUCAUCGUCUAUCCGGCGGCCAUCGCUACGAUGCCCGGCUCGACGUUCUGGGCGCUCAUCUUCUUCAUGAUGUUGCUCACCCUCGGUUUAGACAGCUCAUUCGGAGGUUCAGAGGCAAUUAUAACGGCACUCAGCGACGAGUUUCCAAUAAUCGGCAACCAUCGUGAGAUCUUCGUGGCGUGCUUGUUCACUCUAUACUUUCUGGUCGGACUUGCUUCUUGCUCACAGGGCGGGUUUUACUUUUUCCACUUGUUGGAUCGAUACGCGGCCGGAUACUCGAUGCUGUUCGCCGUUCUGGCAGAAACAAUCGCGGUCAGCUGGAUUUAUGGAACGGACCGAUUUUGCGCCGACAUCAAAGACAUGAUCGGAUUCAGACCGGGUAUCUACUGGCGAGUAUGCUGGAAAUUCGUAGCACCACUUUUCCUUAUGUUCAUUAUCGUUUACGGUUUAAUGGGUUACGAACCUUUAUCAUACGAGGGCUACGUUUAUCCGAUUUGGGCAAAUAUAUUAGGCUGGCUAAUCGCGUGCUCUUCUAUCAUCAUGAUCCCAGGUAUGGCGAUCUACAAAAUCUGCACCACACCCGGAUCCUUUGUUCAAAGGUUGAAAAUCCUGACCACACCAUGGCGAGACACGCAGCAUCAGAGGAAUGAUCUGUCCUCGGUGGCGAACGGCGCGAUUCGUCGAAGUUUCCUGGCCGAGCAAGACUUCGAAAUUACCAAGGAUCACGAGUUAACUAAGGAACAGACGGAGGUUUAUUAUACGAGGAGACGAGGAUUUUCACCAGUAGUGGAGAGAGAGAAGUGGGUCGGUCUGAUGGAGGAAGUCGCGCGCGACGUCUCGGCGCGUGAUCUCACCUGUGUAUGUCUUCUUUGCAGAACGCCUCUACUCGACUGUAGGUUGCCGGAAAAAAUUUUACGCAGUUUGUUUCGAAAACCGAGCGGUGCAAAAUUGAUCUUGAACGCGUGCGCCCCGUAUCCCGCUACGUAUGUCGCACCCUGUGUCGAAGACUGUUACAGCCGCGGCUUUGGAGUACGUUCCCGAUUAGCGUUGACCCCGCAGCGCGACGUAGACGUUACGCAUGUAAGGAUGAUUUUGUCGAAUAAAAAAUUUUGUUCUCUACAGGAACAGCGUAGCUCAUUUAUAUAUACCACAUAUAACCACCACGGUUUGGAUAUCCUGCGAGAAGUAGAUGAACUACGUCGGAAAAAUAUGUGCAUACGAAUGUUUUAUUUUCGAAAUUAGGAAAAAGUUUUUUGAA